AUGUCGGCUUCAGGGAAUGGAAAGCUUCAGCCUGAUACCAAAAUCAAACAAGAAGCUGCAGUUAGCGAGGUAACUCUCAAAAGCUGUACCCGAGAAGAGAUCGAGGAUGUCAGAUAUCACAUUCUCAAGUUCCAAUCCCAAUCAAAAGUAAACUUCAACAAGUUUACUCAACCUGUUCGUCUGCACAGAAAAGAUCCUACUAACCUGCAGUUUCAAUUAACGAGGAAAGAAAUAGACGAGCGUAGAGCUAGCAAGAAGGCAGAUAAAUUGGCGAAUGAGGAAUCAUUGGCUGACAGCAAUAAAGGAACUGGUUCCAGCGAACAACAUGGAGCCGACAUGUCUGUCGUAGCCCCGGAUGGAGGUGCAAGGCUUGUCAGAAGAGCCAAUUUCUUCAGAAAAAAGACAAAACAGGUAAGAAUGGUGGAUGACCAAAAGCGUAAGAUUAGGUAUGAAGAGUAUUAUCCUUGGGUAUUAGAAGAUUAUGAUGGAGAGAACACAUUUGUAGGAAACUAUGAAGCGGGAAAUCCUGACACGUAUGUACUUCUUGUCUUUGACAAUGAUGGCUUCAAAAUGAUUCCAGCGGAGAAAGUCUACAAGUUCACCCCAAGAAACAAAUAUGCCACUUUGACUUUGGAAGAAGCCGAAGCAAAAAUGGAGAAAAAUUCCAAAGUGCCGCGUUGGUUAAUGAAACACAUGAAGGAAGACAAUGCAGCUGUUUCGAAUGAUAUUCGAUUUCAGAGAAUGAGAACUGUAGUUGGAGGAAACAAAUCUUCCAAGAAUGUUGAAGAUGAUGAUCUGGAUUUCGACGAAGAAUUUGCAGAUGAUGAGGAGGCUCCUAUUAUGGACGGUAAUGAGCAGGAGAAUAAGGAAAGUGAGAAGCGAAUGAGACUGGAGAUGUCAAGAGCUAAUAAUGUUGGAGAUCUUCUGGCUGAAGAUAAUGAUAAUGAUCUGGAUGAUCUGUUCGAGUCACGAAAGGUUAACCAAGAAGGUAAAAAGCUCAAGAAAGUUUUGGUUAAACAGGAAAAGAACGAUAUUUAUGAAUCCGAUGAUGAGGAAAACCCUUACCUUUCUAAGUCAGAAUCUGAAGAGGAAGAAGAACAACAAGAACCUGACGUGAAAAAAGAAGGAACGGAGGGAUUUCCAUCGAUCAAGACUAGUACUGCCUCACCGCUUGGUAGAAAAUCAUUGUCUCCAUCACUGGGUCCGAAGAUCAGAGUUGCAUCUUAUAAGCAAGGUUACAUUACUCUAAAGGCAGCACGCUCCGUUCUGAAAGAAUUUCCUGAAGGAGAGUGGAACCCGUAUAUAGUCAAGCGUGAAAUUGGAUACGAUGGGGAAAUUGAAGAGAACUCUCCUUCGAAGAGAGUCAAAUUGGAAAAUUCAAGCGAUUCGGAGUACGGUAUUAUCACAGAAAAGGACGUAGUCGAUAUUAUUAUGGAGAAACCUUUAAAGUUGAAAGAUCUCAUCAGUACACUAAAACACAAGAUUCACAAGCAUCCCGAUAAUAAGGAAAGACUCAAGAACUAUGUAAAGAAGCUUUGCAGAUUCGAUCAAGGUCUGCUGUACCUAAAGGACAGUGUAUGA